ACAGAGCCCUAUUCCCAGCCUGGUAUCUGUGUAACUUCCAAUUCCAAUACUUCUCCGACUCUUCUCUCUCAUAGGCUAAAACCUCCCUCUUCAAUCCGAGACGCCGCGUAUCUUCCUCCUCUCGACCUCAGGGAACUCUUCGAUGCAGCUUCUCACAGUGCAGAGUGCUGCUCUGGGGUUUGAUAUGAUAGAGAUGACUUGGCUCAGCGCAUUUUUGAUUGGGGCGGGUUGCUUCGCUCUAGGAUGCCUAAUUGGAUUGAGGCGUUCUUCCCGGCGCUCGUCGAAAGGUUCUGAGGUUAACGAGGAGGGGAGGAAGAAGGUUAAUCGAGGCAAACCGCUGCUGGAGGUUGAAAAACUAGCUGAAAUUAUCGACGAUUUCAAGAUGGUUUUGGUUGUGCGGAAUGAUUUGAAAAUGGGGAAAGGGAAGAUUGCUGCCCAAUGCAGCCAUGCGACUUUGGGGCUGUACAAGAAAAUCCUGAACCGGGCACCAAAAUCUUUAAGCAGAUGGGAGAUGUGUGGGCAGGUUAAGGUGGUGGUGAAAAUUGAAAGCGAGGAUGAUAUGCUUGUUCUACAGGAAAGGGCAAAAUCGCUGAACUUACCAACACAUGUUACAAUUGAUGCUGGAAGAACACAGAUUGCUCCAAAUUCAAGAACUGUCAUGGCAGUCCUAGGACCAGCGGAGCUAGUUGAUGAUGUGACUGGUGGAUUGAAACUUUUAUAGUCAGCUUGAAACAGGAAAAUGUGAAAAAAAACGACAAUGACGACAACAAAUUUGAUCUGCAGAUGCGAUUUUGCCAGGAUUAUAUUGAUCGUUUCUUCAAAAUUUUCAGCAAUUGAACUAUAGAAUGAGAUCUCCCAUGUUGCUACCAUAUUAACAUCAAACGUUUUGUAGUUUUCUGAAUCACUGAAUGAUCUUAUGAUCAGCACCCUUUGCAUCA